GUGGUAAAUGAAAAUAUUGUUUUGAUUAUUAUUAUUAAUUCAAUAGAAAAAGUAAAAUAUCAUCAAUUAUUUAAAGGAUUGCAAUAUGCGUAAACUAUUAUUAUAAUCUCUUGUUUGCAUGAAUACACUUGUAUACAUAAAAUAACAAAGAAGACUUUCACCGCCCAAAAUGUCAGAAGGAACAAGUACAACUGCAUUAGUUAAAGUUGAGCCUAUCGAAUAUCCUCAAAUUAAACAAGAACUUGAUGAUUAUCCUGAAGUGAAUCAAGAAUUUAAAGGUUAUGAAGAUAUAAAGGAAAAUAAUCAAUUAUAUCUACAGCGAUUUUUAAAAUCUGAGGUAACUAUAGAAGAAAUAAAACAAGAAGAAACAAUUGAUGAACAACAUGAAAAACCUGUUGCAUAUAGUGAAGAAAUUAGUGAUGCAAGUAAAUUAGUAAGUAAAUCAGAAGAGUAUCAAACAACUUAUAACUGUGUAAAAUGCAAUGAAAAGUUUACACAAUUACAUCUUUUCAAUAAACAUACAUCAUUGCACGAAGAAUACCGCCCUUUCAUUUGUAAGAUAUGCGAUAAAGGAUUUAAGCGACCAGAUCAUUUAAGAACACAUUUAUUAUUACACACUGGAAUACGCCUUCAUGAGUGUGAUAUAUGUCAUAAAAGAUUUUCAUUAUCAGAUCAUUUAAAAAAACAUUUAUUAAUACAUACUGGAGAGCGCCCAUAUAAAUGUGAGAUAUGCAAUAAGGCAUUUAAUCAAUCAAGCGCUUUGAGAGGACAUUCAGCAGUGCACGCUGUUGAUCGCCUACAUAAAUGUGAAAUAUGCAGUAAAGCUUUCAAAUCAAAACAAUCAUUAAGAAUUCACAAAAGUAUUCAUACUGCGGAACAUUCUUUCAAAUGUGAAAUUUGCCAUAAAACAUUCACCACUGAACAAGCAUUAAAUCUACAUCAAUUUGUCCAUGUCGAAGAGCGCCCAUAUAAAUGUAAUGCUUGCAGUAAAACGUUUGCAUCAAAUGAAUAUUUAAAACGACAUGAAACAAUCCAUACCAGAGAACAAUCUUAUAAAUGUGAGAUCUGCAAUAGAGCAUUGUCAAGCAAACAUGCAUUAAUCUCACAUGAAUUUACCCACACUGGAAAGCACCCUUAUAAAUGCGGUAUUUGCAAUAAACCAUUUACAACACAAGAUGCAUUGAAACGUCAUGAAAGAGGGCAUGCUGGAGAUCGUCCUCAUAAGUGCGAUAUAUGUAAUAAAAGUUUCUUACUAUUAAGUGGUUUAAAAUAUCAUUCGCUAGUGCACACUGGAGAAAAACAUCAUAAAUGUGAAAUAUGCAAUAGAGCAUUUUCAUUGAAAAGUUCAUUGGAACGACAUCAAAUUAUUCAUACUGGUAACCGUCCUUUCAAAUGUGAAAUAUGCAAUGAAACAUUCCGAUCAAAACAUGAAUUAUACCAGCAUAAAGUAUUGCAUACCGGGAAAAGCAGUAAUAAAUGUAAAACAUGCAAUGAAGUAUUUGCAACAAACCAAGGAUUAUUACGACAUGAAUUUAUUCAUACUGGAGAACGCCCUUACAAAUGUGAGAUAUGCAAUAAAGGAUUUAUAGCACCUGUCGAAUUAAGAAAACAUUCUAAAGUGCAUGCUGGAGAAAACCCUCACAAGUUAAAACAAUAAUUAAACCAGCAUAACAUUUUUCU